AUGACGACUAAAACCAUCCAUGGGAACUCACAAUUCCAGAAGCCCUCCUCUCUACGCUGGACGUGGGAGUCACCCGGGGGAGGAUACCGUAAUGAAAUAGACCACAUCAUCGCCAAUAAAAGGUUCUGCCUGACGGACGUUGGUGUUGUACCAAAGUUCUAUACGGGAUCGGACCAUCGCCUCCCCCGAGGAAGAUUUUCCUUCACAAGGAGAGCAGAGAAAGCCGCCAAGUUCAGAGAGAGAAAUCUCAGGACUACCAUCAACUGGGAUCUCUUCGCUUCGCUAGCCGGCUUUUGGGAAGAUUCCGCAAUGGACAACAUCGACGAGGAAUAUGACCGGCUUGUUGAACACCUUCACGACUGCGCGAAGAAGGGUGAGAGUUUUAAAACCACCAAGAGGCGCCUGUCUCUUGAAACUCUUGAGGUGAUACGCCAGCGUGGAGCAGCACGAGUCGCAGGAACCAAGAAAUCACGUCCGAGUUCGCAAGACUUUGCAGAGAGGCGAUAA